CUGCAUCAACUGACAGUUCGAAAGAAAACUUUAGCACAAGUGAACGCUUUGAAAAUUUAUACAGGCAUUUAAAAAAAACAUAAACUAAUAACAAAAUAAGAAUCUAAAGAUGUCGAGCACUUCACAAAAGCAUCGUAAUUUUGUUGCUGAACCAAUGGGCGAUAAACCAUGCACAGAAUUGGCUGGAAUUGGCGAAACACUCGGAAAACGACUCACAGAUAAAGGAUUUGAUAAGGCUUACACGGUUCUUGGUCAAUAUUUAAUCCUCAAGAAAGAUGCAGAAUUAUUCAAGGAAUGGAUGAAGGACACAAUUAAUGCAAACUCGAAACAAGCUUCCGACUGCUACCAGUGUCUUAACGAUUGGUGUGAAGAGUUCUUAUAAAAUGAGUGAUUAAUCAAACUUGUCUGUAAUUUUAUACUUAACUUCUAUUAAUUUCUGUAUCAAAACCAUAUUUUAUUUUGAACACUAUUUUUGGAUAAAUAAACCAAUGACGAUCAUAUAAUUUUUUUCUUUAUUUAUUCUAAA